AUGAAGGUCUUCCAAGCUCUAGCCGUUACCUUGCUUAGUCCCACUAUCGUUAGUGCAUACUUUUGUAACUGUUAUAAUAAAAACGACCCUACCCUUAAGGCCGCUUCACACCUCUGCCAUCCGAAGGCGUACUGUUAUGACGAGAGAAAUAAAGUCCAAGCAUGCAUUCUUGACCAAAAACUCACCGACCAGGAAUGUGCCAACGCGUAUCCAAAGGUUGAUAACGGCAAAAUGGUCCCCGAUGACAGUUGGAAGGCCGAAUGUGAGCAUCACGUUGGCGGCUGUCACGCUUAA